CCAAACACUCUCAUCUCAUUUCCUCUCUCCCUCUCUGCAGUCAACUCCCUCUCUUUCUCUCUCUAGAAAUUCAAACUUCCCAACGCACAAAAUGGACGGAAUCAGUUCCUCCUCCACCGACGACAACAGCACCACCAGCACCGACUCCAAUCACUGCAUCUCCCCACUACCGCCGCCGCCGCCCGCCCUCCUCCCUUUCCCCACCGCUCCCGCCAAGUCAUCCCUCUGCCGCGUCGGCAGCGGCGCCAGCAGCAGCGUCGUCCUCGACCCUGAAUCCGGCAUCGAAGCAGAGUCCCGCAAGCUCCCUUCCUCGAAAUACAAAGGCGUCGUCCCCCAGCCCAACGGCCGGUGGGGUGCCCAGAUUUACGAGAAGCACCAGCGCGUCUGGCUCGGCACCUUCAACCGCGAGGACGACGCCGCACGCGCCUACGACAUCGCCGCCCGACGCUUCCGCGGCCGCGACGCCGUCACCAAUUUCAAGCCCCCUCCUAAUUCGCCGGCCUCCGGCGGCGAACCGGACGACGACGGCAUCGAGCUGGAGUCCAAUUUCCUCAACUCCCAUUCCAAGGCCGAGAUCGUCGACAUGCUGCGAAAGCACACCUACGACGACGAGCUGGAGCAGAGCCGCCGGAAAGGGCAGGGGAUGAAACAGAGCAUCACCCGGUUCAAUCCAAAUUCCGGGUCGGACCGGUUCGAACGGUCGACCCGGGAGCCGCUGUUCGAAAAAGCGGUUACCCCGAGCGACGUGGGGAAAUUGAACCGACUCGUGAUCCCGAAACAGCACGCCGAGAAGCAUUUCCCACUGCAGAGCGGUGGGAAUAGCAGCAGCACGACGAAAGGCGUGCUGCUGAACUUCGAGGACGCGGCGGGGAAAGUGUGGCGGUUCAGGUACUCGUACUGGAACAGCAGCCAGAGCUACGUGCUGACAAAAGGGUGGAGCCGGUUCGUGAAGGAGAAGGGAUUGAAAGCCGGCGACAUUGUCAGCUUCCAGAGAUUCGCAGCCGCCGCGGGCGAGGAGCAGCAGCUGUACAUCGACUGGAGGCCCAGGGUUGGGCCGAACCAGGCGGUUUGCUCGGUGGUCCAACCGGUUCACAUGGUCCGGCUUUUCGGGGUGAACAUAUUUAAACUCCCCGGGAGCAGCGGUGACGGUGGUGGUGGGUGUAAUGGGAAGAGGUCGGUGAGGGAGAUGGAGAUGGUGGCGUUUGAAUGCAGUAAAAAACAGAGGAUUAUUGGAGCUUUGUAGCAUUUCUUUAUCAUCAUCACAAUGCAAAGAUCCAAUCUUUUCACUUUUUUUUUAGUUUCCCUUUUCUUUCCUCCUUGUGGGUAAUUUUGUUGUUUGUAAUUUCCCUUUCUCCUUUUGUUUCUUUUUCUUUUAGUUGUAGAUUUUAGAAUCUUAUGAUGAUGUGGAGAUAGGAGAAAGAGGAAGAGAAGAGGAAUGUGGGUAGGGGUGUGCUUGUGCACAAAGCAAGUUGCACAAAAGGGAGAAGAAAAAAAAAACUAUCAUAAUUUGUAUAUUACAAGACAAAAAGAUAGCUGGAAAAAUUAGGUCUUUUUUUAACUCUUAAUUGCAAAAUAAUAUCCGAAUAUAUUUCACAAUCAUUUUUUCUCAUUUUACAUUUACUACUAUUGAUCUCUCGUGUGUUCGUCUAAAUCAAUGAUUAUCUCAAGAAUAUUCAGCAAAUGAUUUGAUUAACAGAUAUAUUAUCAUAAAGAUCAAUCUGCAUAACGGAAAAACUGUACGAUUAAAUCUGAAACUGCACAGUGUCAUCUCAAAAUAAGACAUUUAAAUGAUU